UGGUGUCAGGAAACACGAGAAAAAAAUUGUAAACUGUUAGUGUCCAGUCUCAGCACAGAUGCUCAGCAGUCAAAAUUCUCCAUCUGGGACUAUCCUGAUUAUCAAUUCUUCACUGUCACCAUGACUGCACUCACGGUGAGAGACUCGGGUCCUUAUUUCUGUGGGGUCGCUGAAAAUCGCAGAACGAUCUUUAUUCUCAGAAACAUCUACCUGAAGGUGUCAAAAGCUCCAACCCCACCCACGGCCUCCUGGAGGACAACAGCCUUGGCCUCUGCCACCAGCUCUGUCACUGGCAGCCCUCCAGAUAACUGGAUGUGGAAGGUCAUCAUUGCUGGUGUGGUAGUGGCCAUCCUGCUACUGCUUGGACUUGUGGUCCUUGUCAUCCUGUACCUCAGGAAGGCUCGACGAAGAGCCCAGAAAGCUGAGAACGAAUGUCACCAUAUUUAUGAAGACUUUCCAGGCCAGCAGGAGGAAACCACUAUAAGUAGGAAGGACUCCUCUCUGGGACCUAAGGCCUUCAGUCAGCAGACCCUCUCCAGUGAGGACGCUGAGAUCAUCUGCUAUGCCUCCCUCAUCCACCUCAACCACGUGAGCCCUCAGGACUCUGUCUCUAGCAACACCCAGCCCUACCCGAAGCCCUCGCCUGACCCCCUUCUGUCUGUGGAAUAUGCUAGCAUCUCUAGAAACAGACUCCAGUCUUCCACGGCUCCCCAAGAGGUGGAGACCAGGAACUGAGGCUGAGCGCACAGGGCAGAGCAUGUAGGCAUAAAGGCACGUCCCAGCAGAGGAGGAACUUCCUACAGCAUAGAUGGUCUCAGAAUUUUGGGGCCACACUUUCUUCAAGGA